AGAGAGAAAGGGAGAGAGAGAGAGAAAAAGGGAGAGAGAUAGAGAGAGAGAAAGUAAGGAUCCCAUGACGCCCACAGCUCCACAAUGACAUCACCAGGUCUAAAAAGAAGCGCAAGAGGAGAUGUGAGAUGGGAGUUACCCCUCCACUCAUCACUCCUUCAGGUCCUGUUCUGUUCACUAGUGGAGCUGCUGCGCCUCUGUGAGGAGCCUGUGGUGCACCAGAGGACCUGCUGUUAUCUGGUAUCCUGGUGAACUUCAGAGGGAGACAGAAGCACCAAAAGGACCAGAGGACCGAGGAGAGACGCACAGACUGAAGCUGCUCUGCACGGAUCGUUUUCACUGCUGAAGAAACUGCGCGUUUUGGCUUCAUAUCGCAACUUUCUGUUGUUCGACCGACUGGAAACGCCUCCAUCAGUCAGGAGAAAACAUCUUUUCAUUAGUAAACCACUAUAAAUAUCCCACAGUAACUUUUAUUUCACUUUAUCUUGAACCAUUCUGCGUCUCGCUGUUCAGAUGAGACUCUCGGUUUUACGCGCGUCUCCAAACGAGGACGCACGAAGAUCUCACAGGAGGAGAGACUAUCUACUCUCUUCUGAUCUCUUCUAUUCGAUGUCACUGCGCUGUAAAUAACAUUACUAAAUUAUAUUAUAUUAUUGUAAAUCUUCCACAUCUAUAAGACAGUAGUUAAUCCACUGAGGGGUAAAAAACAAAAGGAUCAAACUUCGUGCGUAAAAGAAGUUUUCAUUUUUUAUUUUAUUUUUUACUGUAACUCUGCAAAAAGGUUGUUGCAGCAGCAGUCAGAGUCACAAACAUUUUUAUUUAUUUAUUUUUAAUCAGUUCUUCAAAGUGGCAUUUUUUAACUGGAAAGCAAAGCAGGGAUCCGUGUGUUGACGCAUUGCCCAGGACUGUUUUGAAUGCUUAAAAUGGACUUGGAGGAGCUGCGAGAGAGGAGGAUGCAAGAGAGCCUGGAAACAACACAGGGAUAAAACAACAAACAGCAACUGAGACUCGUGGAAAGCGAACCCCAGCAUGGCCUCGGUUCUGGAGAACGGCUGCUCCAUGGAGCUGAGCGGCUGGAACAGCAGCUCCGGAGCCUCCGGAGCCUCGGGAGCGUCGGUGCCCUGCAACCAGAGCAUCCUGAAGCUGGCUCCCUACUCCCCUGAAGCCACGGCGGCCUUCGCCACCGCCAUCACCCUCAUGGUCCUCUUCACCAUCGUGGGCAACAUCAUGGUCAUCAUCGCCGUCCUGACCAGCCGGGCUCUCCGGGGACCCCAGAAUCUCUUCUUGGUGUCCCUGGCUGCUGCGGACAUCUUAGUGGCCACCCUCAUCAUCCCCUUCUCUCUGGCCAACGAGCUGCUCGGCUACUGGUACUUCAAGUCUCUGUGGUGUGAGAUCUACCUGGCGCUGGACGUGCUCUUCUGCACCUCCUCCAUCGUGCACCUGUGCGCCAUCUCGCUGGACCGCUACCUGUCCAUCUCCAGGGUGACUUACGGGCGUCAGCGGACUCCCAAGCGCAUCAAAGCCGCUAUCGUGGUGGUGUGGCUCAUCUCUGCCGUCAUCUCCUUCCCUCCGCUGCUCUCACUGAACAAAAGCGAGGGAGGAGAGGAGGGGAGUGAGAGAGGACCUCAGUGCCAGCUGAACGAUGAGCGCUGGUACAUCCUCUACUCCACCAUCGGCUCCUUCUUUGCGCCGUGCGUCAUCAUGAUCCUGGUCUACAUAAGAAUCUACCAAAUUGCCAAACAGAGGACGCGUUGCCCUCCUGGGGAGCCCAGGAAGGAUGGGGUCGGCAGUGCUACACCUGGUCAGCCUCCACGAUGCAUACAAGCCAACGGGAAGGAUGCUGAAGACAGCACCCCCCCUUCAUCCAACAAAACCUCCAAUGCCAGACCCCCCACCCUCGCCAUCACCCCUUCUCCUAACCCAGGAGAGACCGAAACCUCCCAGAAUUCCACCUCCAAUAACCUCCUGCAGCCUCCAUCCCCUUCUCAGGCCAUGAGCCCCAUCACCACCUCCCUUGAUACCACUCCUCACGACCCCUCCACUCCAUCCCCACUGCCUCAGCCUGCUCCUGACAAGACUAAAGAGAAGGGGAAGAAGGGCAAGAAGCACGGAUGGAGAAGAGCUGACAAUAACAAUGGUGACACCUCAAGCUCAGAGAGCGACAUGGAGCACAGCCAAGGUGGAGGUCACUGCAGCGCCAGCAUGCCGGGCUCACCUGCAGGAGGGGGCGUCUACUCUCCAGCUUCAGUGAAGCGCUACAGGGAGAUGAUCGCCACCUCCAAGGGGUCUCGGCUGGUUCCGGGGAGGAAGUCCAAACCAGAGAGCACCCCUGGAGCAGCGAGGCGUAAAGCCAUGGUGAACAGAGAGAAGCGCUUCACCUUCGUCCUGGCGGUGGUCAUCGGCGUGUUCAUGGUGUGCUGGUUCCCCUUCUUCUUCUCCUACUCCCUGAUGGCUGUGUGCCCGGAGACGUGCGCCAUCCCACCUCCACUCUUUACCUUUUUCUUCUGGAUCGGUUACUGCAACUCCUCACUCAACCCAGUCAUAUACACCAUCUUCAACAAAGACUUCAGAAAGGCCUUCAAGAAGAUACUGUGCAGAAGCACCAAGGGGACUUUCUUCUAGCACGCUGUACAGGACAUGGAGACACACAAAACACAUGCUGUUUCUGAGACAUAUAAAACAAAUAAAUCUCCAUUUUUUCAGAACACUCAAAGGGCUGUUUUAAAAAAAUAUAUAUAUAUAUAUAUGUUGAACUGUGGAAGUUCCAGCAUAAAAUCCAGAACUGAGAGACUCUCUUUCAACAGCCACAGUUCGCCCAAACAGGCAACUCGGACUGUGAAAUCUCAGUUUGCAGCAGAUCCAUUUUUACAGGGUUGAAAACAGGACAGACAGACACAAAACUGCUUAGCACUUCAGUAUCGCUGAUAAGAUUUUGAUUGCAAAGUUUUAUCUCCAGAUCACAUUGAAUAAUGGAUAAUGCUGGGACACAGGCUGGUGCAGAAUCACAGGAGAAAUGUACAAGCACACUCUGUAUAAAACUGGCAAGGAGGGGAUGCAGGAUUGAGAAUGAACUCCUGAAUAAGACAGUUUAAUGUGUAAUAUAUAAGUUGUUUAAGUUAUGAAAUACUCCGGGACUAAUGGGGAAAGUACAAAGAAGGAAAAGUGACCUUAGAUCCCUGUGAGCCUAGGGACAUUUAUUCAUCAAAACAGAGCACAAGGUUAGUGGUGAUUUCUUACGUCUGCAGUCUUAAUAUGCCCCAUGCAGCUGCAGGGAGAACAUGUGUUCCUUGAUUUUUAUCUAGAAGCGUAACAACAAAAAGGUUUCUGACGAUUCCAAGUGUGAUAAGCACAGACAAGGGAGCCCUUUCAGACUGAACUUGUGGGGGCUUUUCGUGAGGAGAAGCCAGCACGUCAGACACCUCGCUCUCAGCUCUCGGUGCGUGUGGGACACUCAGGUUGUUUGUAACGACACUCUUGGCUCUCACCUUUCCAUGAAAUACAGAUUUUGGGACUUAAAAAGAGAAACCACAUGUAUGUUAUUGAGAUGUAAAAGUCAGACCCUCCUCAUCCUCUUGGCUUUCCUGCUUUUUAACUUAUCACACCAACUGGACUGGACUGAGCAAUCCUUCCAAUGAACUAUUUGGACGUUUUAAGAAACUGUUUUUAGCCUCUUGGAAGUGCUCCAGAGGUUAUCUAACGGGAGGUGCAUCUGCUGAAGACUGACAAAUUCUUCUUAUUGAACAUUAUUUUCCAGACAUCUGAAGUAGACAUUGACUGUAAAGACACAGAUGUGUAAUGUAUACCCCUCUAAUUACGCCUACAUGGGUUAUUCUGAGAUCCAUUUGUCUGAGUCACUCUUUACCAACACCUCUCGCCUGCAGCGGACCCUUACAUGGCACAUUUGGUUUAUAGCCGAGAGGCGAGAGCAUGAAUGGUACAUUUAUUUUUCUCACCAUGAGACCGAGGCUCUGUCCUUGACAACAACAACAACAAACAAAAAAAAGAAAAUGUGUCUGUGACCGUGAACAGCACACUGGCUUAUUGACUCAAUGGGACAAGGGCUGUCAGCAGCAACACUUCAAUUUACUAAUUGUCUAAUACUGCUGACCUGUAUGAGUGUGUGCGUGCAUGUGUGUGUGACUUUAAUGUGUUUUUCAGUAGUGUCAGUGCCUCCUCAUGGCUGCUACAGAUCUACUGUAACGUUGGUGAGAAUAGAGUCCAGGUUUCCUGGUGCAGGCGUCACUUUGUGAAUGUUUCUACUGAUCGUUGAGAAAGUCUCACUGAGCUGAGAGUUAUCAGAGAUACUGUCUGAGUACUUGGCUUUUUAGUGAUCACCCUCAAGGGACCAAAGAGCCUCAUAAGGACACCAGCCUGACUCAGUGAUAAUCUGGCUCUGUGUCGCUUUAAUGAACUUUAUAUUUGGUGAGGGGGAGGCAGAAGAUUGAAAACACUGUAUUAUUUAUUUGUUUUUUGUGUUUUCCGUACGUAUUUAUUGUUCGGUUACUGUGCUUUUAUUCUGAAAGUAAAAGUGGAACAGAUAUCAAAGAGCGAGAACACUGUACAGAUUUUUAAUAUCUCAAACAAGAGCGACAUGGAUUUUCAUGCCAUGGAGCUCUAACUUUUGUGGAGCUAUAUUUGAGCUCGGGGGGAUGUUGAGUUGAAGGAACUUUGAGUUAUGUUCAUAUAAUGCAGAAUACUACAAUGCAACAUUUGUCAUUGAUUCAUCUAGUUGUAGUAAAAAUGUUCAAAUCGGAGAUACAAGCACAUUCAUGGAUGUACAAUUUAUCAAGCUCACUGCAGAAGCAGCAGCAGGGAAAUCUCUCUUCAGCAAACUUUCCCUCAUAAUUGAACAUGAAAAUGUCAAUAGCACCAGUUUCAGCCGAGCGAUUUUCAGGCUUCGUGCACAUUAAGGCUACAAUCCAUACCACGCAGAGAUGCUUGGAGAUUCAAAUAACUAAUAAAAAAAACUGAUUGAGAGUCAGAGCUCAGUGCACGUAUACAAUUGUUCACUGCCCUCAUCUGAAAAACGUUCUCUCCAGAAAUACAAACAGCUACAGCGACGCAUUUAUAACAAAGAUAGACACACAAAGGCCAUGAAUUCAUGGCCAACAAAUAUGAGUUGCAAUGCUGCUCAAACCCCCCACCCCCCACCCCCAACUCCCCUAACCCCCUAACACCGAAACCAUGGCUUUAUGUGUUGAGACUGCUGCUUUGUUUAUUAUAAAAAGUAUGAAUUAUGGCUUAAAGGUGACAGAUGCAGUAAUCUGCCUCCUGAUCACCAUCCUCUUCCCCUGAAACCGCCUGUAUUGUCUCUCCUCAUCCUCCUCCUGUGUUUGGACCAAACUGCCUGGUCUGAGCUUUCUUCUAUCCCCCCAUCUGUCAUCAUCCCUUCUCCAGUUUUGGAAAUAAAGCUACUUGAAAAAAA